CUACUUCUCCGCAGCAGCACCGUAGGAGUUAGGCGGGGCUGGGCCUCCCCUUUCUGUCUUCCCCUUCACCCCUGUACAGAAAGCUCUGGCGCCCUGGUCUGGGUGCUUCCAGUGGGCAGGAUGGAGGAUGAGGAAGGUCCUGAGUAUGGAAAGCCUGACUUCGUGCUUUUGGACCAACUGACAAUGGAGGACUUCAUGAAGAACCUGCAGCUCAGGUUUGAGAAGGGCCGCAUCUAUACCUACAUUGGUGAGGUGCUGGUAUCCGUGAACCCCUACCAGGAGCUGCCUCUGUAUGGGCCCGAGGCCAUUGCCAAGUACCAGGGCCGUGAGCUCUACGAGCGACCACCUCAUCUUUAUGCUGUGGCCAAUGCUGCCUACAAGGCAAUGAAGCGUAGAUCCCGGGACACCUGCAUCGUCAUCUCAGGGGAGAGCGGGGCAGGGAAGACAGAAGCCAGCAAGCAAAUCAUGCAGUACAUCGCUGCGGUCACCAACCCAAGCCAGAGGGCUGAGGUGGAGAGGGUGAAGGAUGUGCUGCUCAAGUCCACCUGUGUGCUGGAAGCCUUUGGCAACGCCCGCACCAAUCGCAACCACAACUCUAGCCGCUUCGGCAAGUACAUGGACAUCAACUUCGACUUCAAGGGGGAUCCUGUUGGAGGACACAUCCACAGCUAUCUGCUGGAGAAGUCCAGGGUCCUCAAGCAGCAUGUGGGUGAGAGGAACUUCCACGCCUUCUACCAGCUGCUUAGGGGCGGCGACGACCAAGAGCUGCAAGGAUUGCAUCUGGAGAGAAAUCCUGCUGUGUAUAAUUUCACACGUCAGGGAGCUGGGCUCCACAUGGGUGUGCACAAUGCCUUGGAUAGUGAUGAGAAGAACCACCAAGCCGUGAUGGAGGCUAUGAGGAUCAUUGGCUUCAGUCCCGAGGAGAUGGAGUCCAUCCAUCGAAUCCUAGCCGCUAUAUUGCACCUGGGAAACAUCGAGUUUGUGGAGACAGAAGAAAAUGGGUCACAGAAAGGAGGCCUCGCAGUGACUGAGGAGGCCCUGGUGGGCUAUGUGGCCAAGCUGACAGCCACACCCAAGGACCUUGUUCUUCGAACCUUGCUGGCCCGUACAGUGGCUUCAGGAGGCCGAGAACUCAUAGAGAAGGGCCACACCGUGGCUGAGGCCAGCUAUGCCCGGGACGCCUGUGCCAAGGCGGUGUACCAGAGGUUGUUUGAGUGGGUUGUGGACAGGAUCAAUGGCAUCAUGGAACCCCGGGACCGUGACCCUCGUCGUGACGGCAAGGACACAGUCAUUGGUGUGCUGGACAUCUAUGGCUUUGAAGUGUUCCCCGUCAACAGCUUUGAGCAGUUCUGCAUCAACUACUGCAAUGAGAAGCUCCAGCAGCUCUUUAUCCAGCUUAUCCUGAAGCAAGAGCAGGAGGAGUAUGAGCGUGAGGGCAUCGCCUGGCAGAGCAUCGAAUACUUCAACAACGCCACCAUUGUGGAACUAGUGGAGCGGCCCCACCGAGGCAUCCUGGCUGUGCUAGACGAGGCCUGUAGCACGGCAGGCCCCAUCACUGACCGGAUCUUCCUGCAGACCCUGGACACACACCACCGCCACCACCCGCACUAUUCCAGCCGCCAGCUUUGCCCUACCGACAAAACCAUGGAGUUUGGCCGAGACUUCCGGAUCAAACAUUAUGCAGGGGAUGUCACGUACUCUGUGGAGGGCUUCAUUGACAAGAAUAGAGACUCCCUUUUCCAGGACUUCAAACGGCUGCUGUACAAUAGUGCGGACCCUACCUUGCGGGCCAUGUGGCCAGAUGGGCAACAGGACAUCACAGAAGUGACCAAGCGCCCCCUGACACUGGUGCAGGGUUCACAGCCCUCAGUCUCUGCAGCUGUGGAUGAGGAUGGAUGGCCAGAGCCUGCUCCAGAUGUGUCAGGGGCUGUGAAGGAAGGGGCUGGUCAGAUUGUGAAACUUGAGGUGAUUUGA